AUGCCGAAACAAAAUGUCACUUAUGUCACUCAAAUCAAAAUAUUUGCAACUACUCAAUUAGCAAAGUGCUCGAUGAAUAUGCAGAGCACGGGUAAUCUACUAAAUACAUCACCUCUGACAUCCAGCUACUCGCCAAUGUUACCACCACCCUCUCAACCGUCAGCAAAUUAUUCAAUGACGUCUUCCAUCUAUUUACCACACGUAAAGGAAGAGAGAGGAUACGAUGUGUGUGAAAUGUACGGACCACAAUAUAUCGAAUCGCCGCUGUUAUCGUCGGACAAAGAAGAUUUGGCAGUUUCAAAAAUGGAGUGGGGUUUAAAACAGAAAUUGUUUUCAUAG